CACUCUUCUCGCCGGGUGAGAACUGAAACAUUCAGGUUGUUCACUCUGCGAAAACACUUCUUGCUUGAGUUCCUGCUCUUCUCUGACAUAGCCUGAGAAUAAGAAUAAAUGGAACGAACUUUCAGCAUCACAAUACUCCUGCUGUUAUUGGUUCAUACGUUUGACUUGGUAUUACUCCAAAAUGCAACGGCUCCUCCAAACCACACAUUUGAUCCAAGUUGGUUGCGUGAGCAAAACCUCCUUGCUGAAGAGGGAGGAGAAAAUGGACAGGAAGGUGACGUGUCUGGUAUGGAAACAAGCAAUGACUUAAACACCUUCUUACAUAACGAAGAUGAUAACGUGGACAGUCGAGAGAAGAGUGAAAAUAAAACGGCAGAGGAUCCGCAGGUUGCCAUAACUACCAAGCCUCCCACAUCUCCAAAUGCCACAACAGUGCAACUUGAACUGUCAGAUGGGAAGACCAACAUUACAAACACAGAAUCAAAACAAAACAAUAUCACCCAAAAUGGGAAAGAGUUUAUCAAUUCAACAACACUUCCAGCAACCCCAGAUCUUGGUCUGUUGGAUCAAAACUCGACCAUAUCCCCUGAUCCUUCCAAUGACAAACAUUCAGACAACAGCACCACCUCGGCACCAUGGAUCCUUAACUCAAAUGAGAACACAACAACAGCAGCAGCAGCAGCAGCAAUACCAGCAACAGCAAACACAACAUCACCAUCACGGAAUAAUACAGAGUCAACCAAUGUAACAGAAUUAAACGACAUAACUAUUGGGACAACAGCAGCAGCAGCAACAGAUUUUAGCACAACAGCUCCAAAAUCCUCAUCACCAAACCUGUUAUCUCCUGAAACCACCAGUGUGGCAACUAUGGCUCCUGAAACACCUGCAGGCAACUUGACAGAUAAACAGGCAUCCUCAGGGAGCAGCUCAGAGAGAGGUUUGACAUCUGAGACCAGCAGGAACAAACGGAAUGAAGCAUGGGGGGCUGUAUUGGGAACGGCUAUGGUAGUGUCCAUUGUAGGACUGGCGACAUACAUCAUCUUGAAAAGGAGACACAUGAAAGGUUUCUCACACAGGAAACUUGUUGAGGUUUUCCCCUCUGACCCAGUUCUCCGACUGGACAACAGUGAACCCUUGGAUCUAAACUUUGGUCAUUCGGCUCACUACAACCUUGGAGUAAGAGAUGACGACAUUCAAAUGUCCAACAUUUCAGGGCGGCAAACAAAGUGACACACUAACCACCCUCUUGUGAGAAAAAACAUUUGGGGAGAGGAGUUUGGGGAAGAAUGGUGAAUGACAUUGCCACAUUAUUUUUUUGUUGGAAACAUUUUAUAUCAACUGUAUGCCACCAGGAACUUUAACAAUUAUUUGUCAUGUUUGUAUACCUGAUGCCAAAUCACACAAAACAACGAUACAAACCAUCGCACUUUUCCCUAUGUACCCCAGCUUUUCGCCACAUUCCAAUAACGUGUGUUGGGUGAAAUGAAGACCCUAAAUUGUCUCUAUGUGUAAAUGAGCAUGUGAAUGGUUGUUUCUCUCAUUUCCCUGUGAUUGACUGUCCAUCAAGUAGCCUGCAUCAUGGCCAAAGUCACAUGGUAGAAGCUCCAGCUCCACCACAUAGAAAAUGGAUAACAAAUGUUAUCCAAGGAUUUAAUAAUGUAAAAUAACGACCCUGGAAAAUGGCUGCUUCUAAAACGUAGUAUGAAAAUUCAAUAUAAAAACUCAUUUUAUGGGUGGGAAAACUGAAAAACGUUCAACUGUUGUGUAUCGUUAUAACCAAAACCCAAGACUAGAACCUACACUCAAAGAAAGUCAUAUUCAUUCACAGAGUGAGGUUGUGAUAUUCUAUUAAGAAGUUAUAUAUUUAGUUUGAUGAUAGCAGCAGCAGCAGCAGCAGCUAUAUUAUCAUUUCAAACCUCCUAAAUUCAAUGACCUCUACAUGUCCAAACAGAGAUAUUACUUUUUUAUAAAGUGGUGAGGGGCACCUCAGAGAGUUACGCAGAAUUCACCUGCAGCAUAACAAGCAGACAUUGUGAAAUGCACAGUAGUUUAAAACUGUUUUUUUCAGUUUCAUUGUUAUUCUUCUCAUGAGCUUUCUUUGACUUUGAGUGACAACCUUCAGCAAGUAUCUGUAAUCUCAAUAUAUUUUGCUAUACGUGGGGAGAAUAGUGGUUAUUUUUUUAGUAGCAUUUUAGCAAAAUAAUAUUUUAUAUUUGUAAAUGAACAAAUAAAAUCAUAUCGUCACUUUUUCUAUAUAUAUUUUUUUAAUAAGAUAGACUUGCACUCAAUCACUGUGUUCUGAUUUUGAUUGAUAUGCACCACAGUUUGGUUAGAAGAGCAGGCCGUAACUCAAACGAUGCAUACCUUCUUUUGUAGUUAAAUCCAUUGGUGAAAGAUAAGCUUUGUUCUAAAAUCAGACGCCAAUCAAAGAUGCGCUUUAUGCCACUGUAAUGGGGUUAUUAAAAAUGCCGAGCAUUCUGCACUGCGUAUCAAUGAUUGAUUGAUUGAAGUUUUUUAAUGCUUGUUGCCUGUCUUGAUAUUCCUAUCCUGACUGCAUGCUUAUUUUUAGCUCCUCAGAAACCGUAUGCAUAAUUUGCUUGCGUUUAUGUAUUUAUGUUUCCAUAUUUUAAAACACAAUCUUGAGUCAAAAUACCCUGUCGUUGUUUCUAAGUGUUCUUACAAAUGUUUAGUUUUCCUUUCAAUUACAGACAAUACACAUACUGGGUCCCACAAAGCCAAACACCACCCCACCACCUCAUCCAUUACCGUUUGGGUUUCUAUUUCGAUAGUGUAUAGAAAGAUGGUCAGUGAAAAACAACAACACAAAUGUCAGUAUCUCAGAAAUGAUUGUGUUGGACUUCUUUGGAGGUACAGUAACUACUGUUCAUGAUAAAAGAUACAACCGGGAUUACAAAGUAAAAAUUUGAAAAUGGGAGUUGGAUCAUCUCUUUUGUCCAUAUUCUCUGAUUUACAUAUAAUUAAGAUUUAACAUGCAUUACAGCAGUCGAUCCUUUUUCAAUAUUUCUUAUCAUGUUCAGGGCUACAGGGAGUCUGAGGCUAUCCCGACUGACCUCAACUGAAAGACAAAACCUGCAGUCAAUCAUGGGGCUUGUAUAGUGACAGUCAACUAUUCACAUUUGCGUUAGCUGAAUGAGAAGUGAACCCAUACUGAGUUCAUGGAAGUCAAGUUAGUCACCACACCUUUCACUGACAGUCAAGGUAAUACCAAAAGAGAAUCAAUCAUAAUGUUGAUGGAUUUUGAAAUAUUUAAUAUUGCAAUUAUGCAAAGUGAUCUACCCAUCUACAGUAUACAGAGUAUGCUAUAUGGCUCUGACAUUUUUUCCUCCGCUAAAUCUUGACCUAAUGUUAAUCAUACUCAUGUUUUUUUUUUUUUUUCCAAAUCAUGACGAUAUCAACUGACCUUUGGAGAGCUAUCUUUGAAAUCUAUAAGUUGCUCACAAUUGACCUAUACUAACGGGCACCUCUUAAAAGAACAAAAAAAAAAAUAAAAAUAAAAAUGAUUAAUUAUUCUUAUCCAUUGUACUCAUAUGGUAAAUGGGCUAGUUUAGGAUUAUCCUCCUCCAUGGUUAAAUGGAAGUUACUUUUACCAUUUCCCUUCAUUCAUGAGCUGAUACUAUAUACGUACGAUCCAGUUUGUCUUCCUUUUCCAUUUUACUGCAAUUUUUAGCCACAAAGAAGCUCAGCAGUCAAGAAUGAACAUGAUCGCAGGUUGCAAAAGUCAAUUAAAUGGCACCACAUCCCUGCUAUGUUCAUUUGAGGGUUUAGACAGAUUCAUUUUCUCUUCCAGCUGCAGACUCAAAUCAAUUUGGAUGGAAUUAAAUGAUUGAUAUCUAAAUUGAGGUUAUGUCAAACAUUUCAAUGUCUAUAUUCGAUUUAUUAUUUUUUUGAAAUACCUAGGACAUAAUAAACACAAAUUUUAUUUUUUAAAAUAGAUGAACCAACAUUGCAGUUGUAUACAGACACUAGAAUCUCUAAUAACCUCUAAUACCCCUUUCCCACUGGCCAAAAAACCCAUGUCAGCCCCCUAACAAUCGGCUUUGGUGGCAGUGGGAAAGGUGCAGCGACCCGCCUCGACCCGUGUCAAUCAACCCACCAAGCUACCCGCGUUAAAAAUCACCUCGGCUCUGAUCGUCAUGCAGUGUGAAAGCAAAACCCCGGGUCAACAGUCAACACCCUAAUCUACGUGGUGACGUAGACUCUUACGUGAUGCGUCAUAACAACGUGCCAGUCGCCUCCCAUUUAACACGCCCCACAACCGUAGUUACGUCGAUGCGCACAACAAAGCUAGUAGAAGAAGGAGCCAGUAGCAUGUCCCAGCAUUGGAAAGAUGAUGAGACCUGCCAGCUCCUUUCCAUCCGUGGAGAAAGGAGGCUUCCAUGUUGCUCUGCAUUGUUUACUUCCUUGAACUGAAUGAAUUCGGUCGCACUUGUCGACGUGCAUCUUAGCGUGCUGACGUCACGUAACCUUACGCACGGCUGAGGUGGGGUGUUAAACGGGUGGAGAAAAAAAAAAAAGCUUUUUUUUGUCAAUGGGAAAGGUGCCAAAUGCCAAUUGCUAGUGGGUUGCAUCGGCUUGGAAAAAACGCGCGUUGACCCACUAGUUUCAGUGGGAAAGGGGCAUACAGUAAUACUGGCAUUAGCAGUGUUGGUAAAGUUAAUUUUCUACAUGAACUAUUUCAAAUUGAAAUUCAAACAUUUCAAAAUGAACUGUUCAGUUUAUAGUUCAUAAUUCAACAUUUUGAAAUCACACUCAUGGUUCCAAAAAAAUGAAGUUUUGUUAUGUUCUUUCUUCGCCCCAAUAAUAGCUGCAAGCUUUUAUUGACAGAGUCGAUAUAGAACCACAGACAGCAAUUAUUUUAUACAUUUUAGCACUGAAUCUGUGUCAGAUUGAUCUUCAUAUUCAAUUUAAAAUCUGUGUCGUUACGGACCUAUUUGUAAAAUUCACUUAAAUGUUGGUACUGGGCCGGUGUUCUGUCAGAUUUUGCACCCCAUCAGAAAUUGCAACUUAGCGGUUCUGCACAUGCGUGAAACGUUACAAAUGGCUGUGAAUGCAGCGAUUCCAAAGUAAACACCAAAAAUAUUCUAUAAAAAAAGGAAUAUGUACUUACGUUUGGUGAUUGACACACAUGAAGGAAAGUUAUCCUCACACACAGCCUACCAUGUGGCUGUGCUCAACUCAAUUGCACACCGCUCUCUCACCGUUAUUGUCUCCCCCAUGUUAUUAAGCAUUUAUUUACGCAAUAUUCAUGUUGCACAUGUACAUUUGUGAUGUAACUUGCUUAUUUUGCACCUUUUGAUGAUAUUGAGAGUCAAACUGAAUGUAAAAGAAUGCUUGUUCGCCACUAUAAAUAAAAGCUUUGGGAGUAAA